GGACGAGCCGGAGCCCGGCGGCGGCCGGUUCCAGAUGGCGCUCAACUUCGCCUGGUCCAACUUCAGGUUUCACCGGUUUCUUGAUGUGAACAGUCACAAGGUAGAGAGGACAAUAGAUGGAAUACAUGAAAAAUUGGUUGUUCAUUCUGACCUGGGAAAAGCUGCAAGCUGGAAAAGAUUGACGCAAAAAUUUCUGAACUCACCACUUCCAGGUGUUGAAGAAACAAAGACAGAUACACACUAUUCCAUACUGUCUCUUCUGUUGUGUUUAUCUGAUUCUCCAUCCAACACCAACUAUGUGGAAAAACCAAGAGACAAAGAAGCGGAUUCCUUUUUGAGUGAUCUCUGCACAUUCCCUCGGCGGUGUUUUGAAUGCACUUUCAGCCCAUUCCAGGAAUGUGAAUAUGAAGAGGUUAUCUCAAACACCACUAAUUACAAAAAGGAUGAAGAAUUUGAUUGGGGAAAGUAUUUGAUGGAAGGAGAAGAAGUUUACUUUGGCCCUGGCGUAGAUUCACCAGAUUGGUCUGAAGAAAGUGACGAAGAGGAGGACACUCAGCCUUUGAGCAGAGAGGACUCAGGUAUCCAAGUGGACAGGACACCUUUGGAAGACCAUGAUCCAAACAAGAAAACAGUACCUAAUGUUUCCUGGAAAGUUGGUGAACCUGAUGCCCGCAGUUGGCUGGAGCAACAUGUAGUUCCCCAGUACUGGACAGGAAGAGCUCCUCGCUUUUCCCAUAGUUUGCACCUGCAUUCCAACCUGGCUGCAGUCUGGGACCACCACUUGUAUACCAGUAAUCCUCUCUAUGUGCCAGAAGAGCGAACGCUAGUCACCGAAACUCAGGUUAUACGGGAAACUCUUUGGUUACUGUCAGGAGUGAAAAAACUUUUCAUAUUUCAACUCAAUGAUGGAAAAGUGACUGUGCGGAAUGAUAUUAUUGUAACUCAUUUAACACAUAAUUGCCUAAGAUCUGUUUUGGAGCAAAUCGCAGCAUAUGGUCAAGUUGUGUUUAGACUACAGAAGUUUAUUGAUGAAGUGAUGGGACACGGUUCGGAAAAUCUAAUGCAUGGAGCUGCUUCUACCCCAAAGAAAACUACUGAAGCCCCAUUCAGAACGUACCAAGCUUUUAUGUGGGCCUUGUACAAAUAUUUCAUUAGCUUUAAAGAAGAACUUACUGAAAUUGAAAAAUGCAUAAUCAACAAAGAUCAAACAGUCACACUUUCAAUAGUAAUAGAUAAGUUGUCUCCCCGACUGGCACAGCUGAAGGUACUUCAUAAAGUCUUCAGCACAGGAGUAGCAGAAGUGCCCCCUGACACUAGAAAUGUUGUACGAGCAUCUCAUUUGCUUAAUACUCUCUACAAAGCUAUUCUUGAAUACGACAGUGUGGGAGAAGCAUCCGAGCAAACGGUAUCCCUUCUGUUCUCCCUUUGGGUUGAAACUGUGAGGCCAUAUUUACAGACAGUGGAUGAGUGGAUAGUCCAUGGUAAUUUAUUUGAUCCUGCAAAGGAAUUUAUCAUUCAGAGAAACAAAAAUGUCCCAGUUAAUCACAGAGAUUUUUGGUAUGCGACCUACACAUUAUAUAGUGUGUCAGAAAAGACAGAGAAUGAAGAGAAGAUGAGUGACAAUGCUAGUGCCAGCUCUGGCAGUGAUCAGGCCCCUUCAAGCAGGCAACACACUAUGGUCUCUUUCCUGAAGCCAGUUCUAAAGCAAAUCAUCAUGGCUGGAAAAUCCAUGCAGUUGUUGAAGAACCUACAAUGCAAAGAUGGUUCUCCUCAGCAAACCGCAUCCAGAGACGCUGAGCGAAAGAGUUUGUAUACGCUGUUCUUGGAAGCCGUGCAGUCUCGCCUGCGGCAUGGGGAAGAAUCUGCUCCAGAUAUUAUUACAGAACAACAGGCUACAAAGCAGAGCCUAAUAAAGAUGCAGUCCAUAGCGGAAAGGCACUUGGAACUGGAUGAUGUCCAUGAUCCACUGCUGGCUAUUAAUUUUGCCAGGUUGUAUUUGGAACAAAGUGACUUUCAUGAGAAGUUUACUGGUGGGGAUGUUUGUGUGGAUAGAUCCUCAGAAUCAGUGACUUGCCAGACUUUUGAACUAACAUUAAGAUCUUGCCUUUAUCCUCACAUUGACAAGCAAUACUUGGAAUGCUGUGGUAAUCUAAUGCAAACCUUAAAGAAGGAUUAUAGGCUGGUAGAAUACUUGCAAGCCAUGAGAAACUUUUUCUUACUUGAAGCUGGGGAUACCAUGUAUGAUUUCUAUACAUCCAUUUUUGACAAAAUUAGAGAAAAAGAAAUUUGGCAGAAUGUUGCUUUCUUAAAUGUUCAACUUCAAGAAGCAGUUGGGCAGCGCUAUCCAGAGGAUAGUUCAAGGUUGUCCAUAUCAUUUGAAAAUGUCGAUACAGCGAAGAAGAAGCUUCCUGUCCACACCUUAGAUGGUCUGACAUUGAGUUAUAAGGUCCCUUGGCCUGUGGACAUAGUUAUAAGCUUAGAGUGCCAAAAAAUUUACAAUCAAGUUUUUCUGCUCUUACUACAGAUAAAGUGGGCCAAGUACAGCCUAGAUGUUUUACGAUUUGAUGAGCUACUCUGUGCUGCAGAAAACCCCCAGGUUAAGGAAGGAAAUUUAUUAGAGCAGGGAACACUUCCUCCAUUUGGAUCACAAACGGAAUGUAUAAAACAACAAAUACAUCGCAUGUUCCUCUUAAGAGUGAAGCUUAUGCAUUUUGUUAACAGCCUGCACAACUAUAUCAUGACAAGGAUUCUUCACAGUACAGGCUUGGAGUUUCAGCAUCAGGUAGAAGAAGCCAAAGAUUUAGAUCAGUUGAUAAAAAUUCAUUACAGAUAUCUGUCUACAAUCCAUGAUCGCUGCCUGUUGAGAGAAAAGGUGAGCUUUGUGAAAGAAGCUAUAAUGAAGGUGUUAAAUUUAGUAUUGAUGUUUGCAGAUCGCUGGCAGGCUGGCCUGGGGGCUUGGAAGAUGGAAUCCAUAGAGAAGAUGGAAUCUGAUUUUAAGAACUGUCACAUGUUUCUCGUAACUAUUCUGAACAAAGCUGUCUGUCGAGGCUCUUUUCCUCAUUUGGAAUCUUUAGCUUUAUCACUGAUGGCUGGCAUGGAGCAAAGUUAGCACCUGAAUCGAUUGAACUGCGAAGGAACUGAAAGCAACAUU